AUGUCCACCGAGGCGAACAAGACGGCCACGGCGCCCGAAUCUCCCACGACUGUCAGACCGCUCGAUAUGGACGACGACGACGUUCAAGACCAAGGCACGCUGGCCGGCGAGGAGACUGCUGCUGCCAAACCCAACGUGAGAGCAGCUUCCCCAGCAAAUGCGCCGGUGACUGGAUCCGAUGAGGCGCCUCCUCCGAAACCGCCUCGGCCCUUAACGGAGGAGCAGAGGAACCAGCAGACUCUGAAAGAGGCUUUCCCGUCCGUCGAGGACUCAGUUAUCAAGGCCGUGCUCCGCGCGAGUGGCGGGCGCAUCGAGUCCGCCUUCAACGCCUUGCUCGAAAUGACAGACCCGGACGCUGCCCAGCGGGACCAACCACCCCCGCAGCCCCCAAGGCCUGCCGCGGACCCCCUAGGCCCUACCUCUACCGACCCAUCGCAGCUUGAGGCCGAUGAGCUGUACGCGCGCCAGCUUGCGGAGCAUUACGAGAACGUCGGAGCCUACGAGGCUAGGACGUCGAACCGCGGCCACCAGCACCGAGGUCGGCAACAGACUGGGCUGCGGCCGCAGGACGACCCGUACGACCGUGAACACAGCUUCAUCGAUGACGACCUUCCCGUUAUCAAGGAAAGCUUGCGCAAGGGGUUCAUAGAAACGCAAACCAAGUUUAACUCGUGGUUUAACAACAUCAAGACCAAGAUCGACGAACAAUUCAAUGAGGAAGACGAGCACCACACCCAAGGCGGGAACACGUUCAUGGGGCGACCGACGCGCGACCAGACACGGCGUAGUAAUGACUACGACCGUUAUGACGCCGACCCGGAGCUGUUGAGCGAUGAUUUCGCGGGGAUGAAGUUCCAUAGCGAUGGUACUCCGAUCCAACCUCAUCAGCGACAAUUCGGCGGUAGCAACCCCAAUCUCUUCAAGCCGCCCGCACCCUCCAAGUCGCCCAGGCCGGGUGAGGGCCGUAAGGUGUCGUUCCGUGACACGGUGGAGGAUAUCGAUGCGUACAACGCCUCGCCAAAGAUCCCGCCAAAAGAUAACGCUGUCCCAGGCCCUGGUGGCACGGCUAAAGCUAGCAAGUGGCAGCCGUUGUCGUCGGUCGACCCUAACCCAAUCGUGGAAAAUGACCCUUUCAGCCUCGGGGACAGCGACGACGAACGGGAGGUGAAGGACAAGAACUCCGGCGGAGGCAUUAAGAUGGAGGACACCGAGCGACUAAAGCAGGCCACUGCUGAUGCGAUGGCGGAUAGCUUGGUGGAGGACAACAGCAAGGCGGAAAGCGGUAGCGGGGCUGCUGGCAGGAAGUUCGGCAAGCACAUCCAGAAGCGGCAGCUUGAAGUCCCCGAGUACGCUGCCAGUUUUGUCAACUACAAGGCCCUCAAAAAGCUCAUCAAGAAACUCUCCGCCACCCCCAUUCUGCCCUCGCAAGAUGACGCUGCACAUCGUGCGACCGCGGGGCCUAGCGACUCCCAAGCUGCUCUGCAGGCAAACAAGGCGACUUUCUUCUUCCAGUUGGAACGGGAGCUAGAAAAGGUCAACGCCUUUUAUCUACAAAAGGAAGCCGAGCUCAAAGUACGCCUCAAAACUCUCCUCGAUAAAAAAAAGGUCUUGCAGUCCCGUCAUGGCAUCUCGAGGAGAUCCGCCAAAUUCACCACCCUUCAAGAGGGGUUCCAGCAAUUUGCCAACGACUUGAACAAGCUACAGCAAUUUGUCGAGAUUAAUGGCACGGCCUUCUCCAAGAUUCUCAAGAAAUGGGACAAGACUUCUAAGUCUAAGACAAAAGAGCUGUACCUCUCUCGAGCGGUUGAGGUCCAACCUUUUUUCAAUGCCACCGUCAUCAGCGAGCUAUCCGACCAGGCCACCACGAGUCUCCAGGAGAUUGGCGCGUGGGCCGACGGUGACAAUGUUACCUUCGACUCCCGACCAGAACACGUCGUGUCUAGCCAAUAUUUACCGGGCAGUGAUGAGGGUGAUGCGGACACUUUACUUCUCGACACGGUGCUCUCUGGGAAUCUAGAGAGCCUGAAGGACUUGUUGGCGCGUAUGGCUGGGGCGGUGGAGCCGAAUGGUGCCCUGUUUGAGAGGUUUACGAGGAUAUUCCUCACUGCCAUCAACGGAGCAUCCCGUGAAGCGUUACAGCUACUUCUAGAGACCGGAUUGGUGGACAUCCAGUCUGAGGACGAUAUUAACGAGCGGAAUUGCUUGCACCAAGCGGCGAUUUACGGCAACUCGUAUGUCCUCGAGUACGGAUUGUCAAAAGGGGUAGCGGCGGAUAGGACAGACGUAUACGGCCGGGUGCCUCUGCACUACGCCAGUAUGCAUGGACGUCUGGAUAUGAUUGAUACACUACUUUCUGUUACCUCACAAACGAUCAACCUCAUCGAUCACGACAACUACACCCCAUUGAUCCACUGUAUCGUCCACAAGCACCUUGAGUGCGUAGGAAGGCUCCUGGAACGAUCUGCUCGCUUGGACCCGGUUUCCGACACCGACCAUGUACCCCUCAACCUCGCAUGCGAGCAUGGAUCGCUUUCCAUUGCCGAGCUGCUCCUCAAGCACGGUGCUCGAAUCUUGUCCGACGCCGAAGGACUGUAUCCUCAGCACCUAGUGGCAAGGUCAGGGCAAACGCCAGAACUUUUGUUGCUCCUAAAAAACCACGGAGCCGACCUGGAUCAAAUAGAUAAGCUCUACGGAUGGACUCCCCUUGUACACGCCGCCAGCGAAGGCAAUGUCCCUUGUCUCCGGGCACUUCUUGACGUCGGCGCGGACCCGAGCAUCCUAGAUGAGAAGGAGCUGCCGGCGUUGUAUUACGCAGCGUGGGAGGGCCAUCUGGAGUGCAUGAAGCUUCUCACGCCAUUUAACAAGAAUGGAAAGGCAGCUCAAGACGCCCAGAUAGCCGGACCGCUACCGCCGAUGAUGGGCAGCAGCGCGCCUAUUCCCAUGGCCUUGGAUAUGGAUGCGAUCCCAGUGCUCGAACUGCCACCUCCCAUCAUCCCUCUACGACGCUACGGACAUAAUUUCCUUGACACCAAGACGGUCGUGCAGCUCACUUUUGGCGUGGACGGAGAUCAACCACUCGUCUUCUUUCACGACAGCAAGUACCCUGCGGCGCGCCUUGCUAUUUCAUCCAAGGUCUCAGACGUCAUUCCGAAGAACAUCAUGCUUCCUUUCCAUGAAGAUACCCGCCUUACCUCGUUCCAGAUCGACAACUUCGACACUUUCACGCUGGACUUUGACAUCUUCCCGGCUUAUGGCGCCAAAGUUAUCGCCAAGACUGUUGCGCUACCGGCUACCUUCCGGAAUCUCUUGAACAGCAACACCGGGAGUUGUUCUCUGCCGCUGUUUGACCCGCGGUUGCGAGCCAUUGGGCAGAUCAGCUUCCACGCCCAGAUUAUCAAGCCGUUCCAGGGUAAGCCGCUGGAGAUUACGGACUUUGAGACCUAUUGGAAGGCGACGAGCCAAGUCGACACCGUCAAUUUGACACCGGCCAUGACCAGUAGCACAUUCGUGACAGGGUCUAGUUUGUCUGGGGACUUUGUUCGCAUUUACGUCCAGCAUACCGGCGACGGCAUCCCGGUGCUGUGGCCAAAAUGGACGGUCAGUUGUGGGGGGAUUGAUGUACCGGUGUCUCGCUUGACGCUGUCCCAGUUCCGAACUGCUACGGGUCAUCGGCCACAAUCCCCACUUCCGGUCGACGAUAUUGCGGCAGUACACGAGGCACUCGCUACACUAGGCGGAACAACCCUUCACGACGCCCUUACCCUCCUACCGAGGGGCAUGCAUGUCAACAUUCAAGUCCUAUACCCGACGCCCGAGGAGCGGGAGGCUCUCGCCUUGAAGGAACUGGGGUUGAGCGUGGACUUGAAUGAUUUUGUGGACAGACUUCUCACUGUCGUGUUUGACCACGCCCGAGCCCAACGGGCCCAAGGGCGGGGCCCGGAAGCCAUUCGGUCGGUUGUCUUCAGCUCGUACAACGAGAGUGUGUGUACCGCGUUGAACUGGAAGCAGCCCAACUUCCCGGUGUUUUACUGCAACGACCUCGGGAAGCCGGAGCAGGUGGAUGGGAGCAGUACGUUGCGUAAUACCGUGUCGAUCAAGGACGCGGUGCGUACGGCACAGAGCAACAACUUCAUGGGGUUGAUUUGCUGCGAGCGGUUGUUGGAUACGGUGCCCGCUCUGGUGGACGCUAUCAAGGCGCAUGGGCUGGCGUUGGUGGUUGACAAGUCCGGCACAUGCCUGAGCACGCCGGAAGUCAGCAACCCACUGGAUCCGUUCCCGCGACCACCGAAUGGCGUGGAUGGGGUAUUGAGGGGGAAUGGCGUGCUACGGUUUACCGAGUCGAUAGAUGUGUAG